AAUUACAAUCUAAAUCCAAUACGAGCACAUAAAUAUGUAAUUGUUAAUUUCUAUAAUUCAAAACCUAAUCACACGGUCAGACUAUAUAUUGCUCAGAACAAAAAAUAUCUAUUUGUAGAAUGUCAGGGAUUAUACGUAAGUAUGUAAACGGCCGUUAAAGGAUCAUCGGUCAGUGUAUACUUGCGUUCGUACACAAAUAAGUAACUGUACCAGGUAAUGUGGAAGUUCGCUAGUACAGCAACGCAUUUGUCAAAACAGUGCUCGCUGCCACGAUUAGUGACACUAAAUAUAAUGAAUCCGAUACAUUUAAUAUUUGCGUUUUUAGUGGUACGGGUAUCCGCGGUGGAUUCGGAAGAUUGCAUAACAUACAAAGGCACAAAAGGGAACUGUGUCAAUAUAAAGCAAUGCCCGUUCCUGCUGAAUCUCUUAAGAAAUCGGAAAUCACUCCCGACGAGCUUAGCGCUAGAACAACUAAACAAAUCUAAUUGUGGUUUCGAAAAACUUGAUCCAAUGGUAUGUUGCAGUAGUGAUCUUGGAGAUAAUGGUGGUUCCCUGCUUCCAAAGCUGCCCACCCCAACAGCUUUAUUUUCAAACAAUAUGAUCGGCUCAUCAAAAGAGACCUCUUGCCGGACGGGAGGUGGCAGUGAUGGCACGUGCAUCAAUGUCAACGAAUGCCCUUCCCUGUACGCCAUUCUGAGACAAGAAUCAUCGGUGACCGGAACUGCUUUGCAAGUACUAAAGCAAUCGCUGUGCGGGUUUGAAAAAAUGACUCCUAAGGUCUGCUGCAGUGAUUUUCCGUCUUCCUCAGAAUCCAUCGCCUCACCAUCGGGACCAGAUCACCCUAUCACAAGCCACUCGACUCGAGAGGAAUGCGUCACUCCACGAGGUACGGACGGCUCAUGUGUUAACAUCAAACACUGCCAAUCAAUGUUCAGACUUGUGAAACAAUCGCACAGAUUGUCGUACGAGGUUUCACAGAGACUGAAGGAAGCGCAUUGCGGAUUUGAAAAAAUGGACCCAAAGGUUUGUUGUGAGAAUGAAGAACCCAGCCCAUCAAGCCCACCGGUUAUCAAUCGCCCAAUUCAUCAGCGAAAGAUUCCACUGCCGCCGGAUGUAACCAAUCAUCCUCAUCUCGGCCUGCUUGAUCACGACGUUUGCGGUCCGAUACCGGAGAUGAAAAUUAUCGGUGGUACAAGAACCGCGGUCUUUGAAUUCCCGUGGAUGGCUUUAAUCGCCUACGACUCGGGCUCUGGGCUUCCGGAGUUUCGCUGUGGCGGUUCUCUGAUUACGAAGAAACACGUUUUAACCGCAGCUCAUUGCGUGACGAUGCUACCCGUCAACCUACGUCUGGUAGGAGUACGGCUUGGGGAACACGAUCUGUCGAGGGAAAAGGAUUGCGAAACGGACGUUAACGGGUUGGACAUAAACUGCGCUGAAGAUCAUCAAGAUUUUUCUGUAAUGGGAGUGGCGGUACACCCGGACUACUCGACGGAACAACAGCAGGAUGAUAUCGCUUUGAUUCUGUUAGACGGAGAGGCGGAUUUCAGCGCAGCAAAUGUGCGGCCAAUUUGUUUACCCGUCAUUCCGACUUUGGCAUUAAAUUCAAAGAUGAUCGUGACAGGCUGGGGUGCGACAGAAUCAGGCCCGCGAAGUCAGACUUUGCAGAAGGUCACUUUGCCAAUCGUCCCCAACGAGGAAUGCACCAGAUUGUACAAAAUGCGGAAAAUAAGAAUAUCGUACAAACAAAUAUGCGCCGGAGGCUCGAAUCGGACUGAUUCGUGUUCCGGAGAUAGCGGCGGUCCGCUUCAAGCUCUGGGGAUAUACGACAGGCAGCCAAGAAAUAUUCUUUACGGGGUGGUAAGUUUCGGACCAAGAGAUUGCGGAAUAGAAGGGGUUCCCGGGGUUUAUACCAGAGUUCAGUAUUACAUGGAUUGGAUUCUAAAUACGAUAGGAAUAGAGAUGUAUGACUAAUCAUUAAAAAGCAAUAAACGUUGACCCAUUAGUGUGGUGUCAGAAAUUUGAAGCUACAUUUGUAGUAUGACGUAUCCUUACGCGGUUACAAGGAAUGAUAAGAAUUUCGAUGUUAUUGGAUGUGCGCUGUACGCAUAUGUUAUCGCUAAUAAGUUGUAUAUUUGUACAAAUUUUUAUUUAUUUUAACUGUAUAUACAUGGCAUUGCCAAUAUUGUGUCACCUAUGACAUCCAUGUUAUCAAUAUUCGAAAUUGAAAUGAUCAAAUCUCAAUCUUCUUUAUGCUGAAUUGCUCCAUAUUUCACGUUUCACCGAAAUUAAAAACAAAAUUCUUGCCCGUCGAAUUUGAAUACCGGCCUAGUUAUACAGCUAUCACUCAUUCCCUAAUCCAUAUUGAGUGUAUAUGCUGACGGGGAUUUAGUAAUAACAGUAGUAGUUGCCAUAGGGUCUUUAUUUCAUGUUAUAAAUAUAAAUGGACAGAGAAUGUUGACUUUUCCCAACAUAGCAUAAUUUUAUGUAUGGGUCAUUAAUUACGACAAAUAAAACAAAGUAUAUCGUCUCUGUAAGCAAGUUAACGUUCGUUCCCUUUCUCUCAUUUCGCCAAUUGAAAAUUGUAAAAGGAAUAAGUGAGUCUGCUCUUUGUGCACACACUCAAGAUCAUAAGCAAUUAUCUCGAUAUUACGUG